ACAGGUAGAGACGCACGUUUCGGGCUUCCUCGCGCGCCUCUGUAACGUAAACAGAACAACGAGACAAAAACCAAAAACGUAACGUAAAGAUUGCCCCUUAUAGAAACAAAAUGCUGCAUAUAAUGCGUCGCUGCCAACGUCAACGUCGACGCCAACUGGGGCGCUAAAGUUGGCCGCUGCCAAUGUAAAAUUUUAUUACCCCAAACGCAUCCAGCAGUCGGCUUUUGGACGUCCGGACUUCACACCGCCUCGCAAGGACUAACGAAGAACAAACUUUAUUGCAAUUCUCUCGCCACAGCGUCCAAAAGACGACCCACAACUACAACAAAAAAAAAAGUAAAAACUUUUUGCUCGCGAAAACAAGACAAAAACUUUUGUUCAAAACUACGCGUAUAAUAAAGUUUUCCUCCCCUUACUGUUGCUACCCCCUUUUGGAAAGCAAAAAUUUAAAGCCUAAAACAAAAGAAAGACUCCCCGAAAGUGAAAAGUGUGCGCCAUUAAUUGAUAUUGCGUAUACGCCGGCAAAGUUUUAGCUCAACUUCCAAGACGCGCAGCAAAGAGCAGAAACAUGGCGCUAUCCAAGCGUCCAUUGACCAAAGAAACAGCUUUGGUUGAGAGCAACAACAACAAUGGUGGACAUGGCAACGGCAAAUACGAUGAACAUGACACAACCAUCAAGAGAAGGAAGCGUUGCAGCCGCGAUGAUGAAUCUACCGCUCAGACUAACAAUAACAAUAACUUACCACAAAAAAAGCGACAACUGAGCAAAAAUCAAGCCCAAUCGCAACAAAUGCCUGAAACUCCCGAAAGUCCCAGUUCAGUUACUUCGCCGGUAAAAAUCGCUGCGGCUGAUGCCGAUCAGGAUGAUGAGACAUUGAUCCGUGAAACGCAAGCAGCUCUAAAAAGCCUCUCGGGUAGUUGGCCCGAUGCCCGCGGCAAUUUAUAUCGCCUACAGGAACAGGACGAAAAUCCGCCGCCAUUUCAAAACCUCUUUGAGGAGAAACAAAAGUAUGAUGAUGCAACACCCCCAGACUCAACCCACUCGAACAAAAACGUAACUGUACCAAUUUCCCGUUUCCACAGACAAAAGGAGAAUGACCAGGCUCGCCUCAAUGCCCAUGUGGUCGAUGAGCGCGCUAAGAAGUUGCAUUCGUCCUCUUCAUUACCCAUCUCACCAUCACCCUCACCUUUGUCUUCAACGACUUCAUCAGGACUAACCACAAACACAGAAGGUGUAGACGGUCUGGAUUCGGUUACUGCAAGCAAUGUGUAUAGCCACCAGGCCGCCUCCGCCUUCAAGCCACCACCUAUCGAUAUCAUUAAAAGAAACGGGCAUCAUCUAGUGGCCAAUUAUGCCGCCGCAGCCCACGCUGUUCAUGCUCAUGCUGCCCAAUAUGAGUCUGCCGCUGGAUUGGCCUACUAUGGCUAUGCGGCAGCCGCGGCGGCCAGUCAACAUCAUAUGGAGGCUCCGCCACUUCCACCAACGUCAAGAUCAACGACAAGUUUCGACAUUGCCUCACAAUUGAACAACAACGAUAAGCCCAUGCCCGUGCUAAAAAAGGAGGCUCCCUCGGUAACGGGAACUAGUGCUAUUCCGGAUACUACCAAACAGUAUACAAUCCUUCAGCCGGCAGGCGUGGGCAGCCGUGCAGCUUCAGUGAUGCAAGAUAUAGUACGCGAGGGUGUUCUGGGUGUUCCUCUUGUAGCUACGCCGCCCACCCCCGGUGACACACCGGUCCAAUCAGCGACACCUACGCCUAGCUACUCUCCUAGUAGUCAAAAUCGCGUGUUAGCCCUGCACGAGCAAAUUCUGAAAUGUCCCACACCCGGCUGCAAUGGACGCGGCCAUGUCCAGCCGCAUCGCACUGUUCACCGCAGUUUAUCAGGCUGUCCGAAGGCAUUGCGUCGUUCGGCCCAUCGUCGACCGCUUAGCGAACCUACACUAGCAACAGCAGCAGCGGUAGCAGCAGCAGUGGUAGCAGCAGGUGAACUCCAGGAAAAGCAUGAGAAGGAGCUACAUCCUUUGGAUAAACUUAAGAUCACUUCCAAUCAGUAUCUGAACAACAACAACAGUAACUGCAUCAAUAACAAUACCAAACUUAGUGGAUCCACUGCCACAAUGCCCAUUAUUAAAUCAGAAUAUAGUCCUGUUUCCAGCAUUAAAUCGGAAUAUAACAAAUCGCCGAUGCACUCAUAUUUAAGUAAUGAUACCGCAGCAGCCAAUGCUGCUUCAACUGGUGGCAGUGCGCGAGCCAGCAGUAGUGGUGGGGGCAGUGUUGCAGGCAGUGGUGCAACAGCCCAAGCCAAUGGUGAUAACUUACAUGCUCCUCAUGUGGGUCGUUUUGUUGGCCUGCAAAGUCCGCAGCCACAUGCACAUCCCCAUGGCCACCAUCAACAACAGCAACAGCAGCAACAUACACUACACCAACAACGGGGUCCUUUUAUCGAGGGCAACGCCAGUCAAAUGAUGCCAGCGAGUAGUGCUAGCGAUGGCAAUGACCCGUCGAGCACUUAUCAUGCUGAACUCCAGCACCAACAACAGCAGCAAACGGAAGAGCGACAGCAACAAUAUGAACAGAUGCGCUACACCCAAUCACAUUCAGUAGCUAAUGGUUCAGAGCUCUUAGCUGCCAAUGGUGCUAACGGUAGUUCCAGUGAAUUGUCGCCAACUACAGCACGCUCCGGCUAUGAGCCACAUUCGCAUCCGCCCACCUCACUAAGCUCGUUGGCUUCUUCAGUGGCUCCUACUGGAUUUGCAGUCGAUUCAGUGACUGCAACUGCAUCUAGUGGUGCUGGGUUUGAACGUUACGAUCCAAAUAAUUGUUGUCCAAAUGGACAGCGUCAAAUCACAGGUACAGCGCCAGCAAAUAUGUAUCAUUAUUUGCCCCAAAGCGCCGAUGAUCUACAAGUGCAACAACAGAAAUAUCUGCAAGAGCAACAACUGAUGCUGGCUAAGGCUGAGCACGAGGAGCUGGCCAAUGGCGGAGGACCAAUCUAUCCUCGCCCAAUGUACCACUACGAUCCCACAAUGGGCCCACUACCACCUGGUUUCUCGGCCAUAAAUUUAUCUGUGAAGAUGGCAGCAGCCCAAGCGGCUGCUGCAGCAGCUGCAUAUCAAAAUCAACAGCAGCAACAACAACAGCAACAACAUCACCAGCAGCAACAACAACAGCAACAACAACAACAACAGCAGCAACAACCACAACCACACACAAAACAAAGCACAUCACCAACGCCAAAUGUGGGUGUGCCAGCUGUACCCGCAGUGGACCUCUCCGGCUCCACAUCGGUGACAUCAUCAAGUCCACACGGUUUCAACUCGCCAGCCUCGCAUAAUCAAUACACCCAGCGAAUGGGCAAUGGCAGCCCCCAGCCCGGAGCCAGCCCGAACAUAGCAAGUCCGCAAGUGCCAAGCCCCCAAGGUCAGACACUGGACCUGAGUGUGACGCGGCUUCCACACAGUAUCAUUACCAGCCCCCAGUAUGGUUCUGAUGGCUUGGUUGUAGGACAUGCCCAAGGCUUUGGCGGAACUGCGCCAGGUUCGUUGGGUCCAAAUGGUCCACCACGCUCACCGCAAAUGGAACCAGUUGACUUUAGUGGACCCCCACGUCCUCUAGGUUUCGGAUUAGUCGGUCACAUAAGUGGUCCAAGGCCGUAUAGUCGCGAAUCAACACCGGAUAGCGGUGGGUCACAUUACAUUGAGACAUAUAGGGAUCCCAGUGGCUAUUCCCCGCAUCCCGGCUACGGCAUGGUAGUGCAGUCCGAUUAUCCACCUACUGGUUAUCAUGGUUAUGGACCAGCCGCCUACCAGUGCAGUAAUCCAUAUGCCACGGCGGUGGGUCCUGGAGGCUAUCCGACGCCCGUUUCUGGUGGCUAUUCGCCCAGUCCAGCCACCUGCUAUUCGAUGCCUCCGCCACAACAUAUACCACAGCAUGAUAAGACUAAAGAUGGCUUAACAGGCUGCUCGCGCUCUGACCGCAACCAUUUGCAGUCGCACUCACAGGAACUCAAAUGCCCAACCCCUGGCUGCGAUGGCUCAGGCCAUGUCACUGGCAACUAUUCUUCACACCGCAGCCUUUCUGGAUGUCCCCGCGCUAACAAACCCAAAAGUAAGCCACGGGAUGGUCAAGAUUCAGAACCGUUGCGAUGUCCAAUACCCGGCUGCGAUGGUUCAGGGCAUUCGACGGGAAAAUUUUUGUCGCACAGAAGCGCAUCGGGCUGUCCUAUAGCUAAUCGGAACAAAAUGCGAGUUUUAGAAGCCGGUGGAACGGUGGAGCAACACAAAGCCGCCGUGGCUGCAGCUACGGCAAUGAAAUUUGAUGCAUGCACUACCGUGGGCAGUCAAGGAAUAAAGAAACCCAAAUUUGAUGAGGUCACUAUGGUUUAUCCAAAGGGUUACACUGGUGGCAGUGGAUUGGACAUCGUCAUGGGAAACGUUGGUGUAGGUGUCAGCAGCAGCAACGUAGUCACUGAAAAGACUCUGAGCACUAGUGCUGCAGCUGGCACUUCCUCAUCCUCAGCUUCAGCUCUUGUUGUGGCCAACAGUGAUGAUCUGAAUACUUUGGAGGCGGAAAUCUCUGAAUUGCAGAGGGAAAAUGCUCGCGUCGAAUCGCAAAUGAUGCGGCUUAAGUCUGAUAUCAACGCCAUGGAAUCGCAACUUAGCACCAGCGAUCGGGAGGCUUCUCCAUUGAGCAGCCAUCAGGUGACGCCUCAUCAUCAGCAGCAGCAGCGUUCUACUUCUUCUGUGGCUAUAACCUCACCCAAUGGCCAAUCACCUUUCGCCAGUGUCUCGUCGACCACAGCAACCACAACCGCAGAUAUUGGUUCAAGCAAUCCCAAUGUGGUGAAUACAAUGAUAAGCACCCAUCAUCCUACAGCCGAUGCUAAUGGUGUUCCGCCUAGUUCCAACUUAAAUAAUUAUGAAAGCUUGCGUAAUAAUGUCAUCACUCUGUUAGAGCAUGUACGCCUACCACCCCCACCACCGCCUCCGCCACCUCAUCCGUCAACCACUGGACAAGUGGGCUUGGACGCCAGUUGCACCAGCGGUGGGCAAUUGACAGGUGAGCAUACAGCCUACUCCACAUUGCUGCCACCGCCGCCACCCCCUCCACAUCACGCCUAUACGGUGCAUCAUCCCGGGAACUAUCCCCAUCACCCGCACAGUCAUCCGCAUGCGCAUCCGCAUCCGCACGAGCAUUUCGAUUCGUACAUCUCGAAAUUGCAGUCGUUAUGCGUGCCACCCGAUGUCUAUGCCCUGCCCGAUGAUGGAGGCCGACCCGUUUACAAUUCGGUGAAGCCCAGCAUGCAUCAGGACUAUGGUAAACUAAUGCCUACGCCCAUUUAAGUGAUAUAAGAAGGCGACCUUCCUCCGUUAUCCCGUCCAGGGUUAUGUAUAUAGCUAAAUAAAGAGCAGAGGGGUGAAACGACAUUUUUUUUGCCAGGAGAAAAAUUUUAAUUUAAUUUUAUAUUUCUUUAAAAAAAAUUUGCAAAGUUCCUGUUUAACAUACACAUAAAUUUUUCCCUAAUAGUGAUUUAUCACUCUGGCUACUGGCAUAUUUGAUCUAAUGUUUAAAAGCGUUUUUUUCAAAUUUUGUUUUAUUUUUCACAAUGUAAGAAAUAUUUCAGAUUAAUAGUUGGCAAAUGAACAUAUACAUAUAUACGUUUUUUAUAUACCAUAUAAACAAGAAAAGCUGUGUCCGUUUGUCUGUCUUGUCUUAGUAUCUACCAAUAUGAAAUAUUGCUGUUUUUUAGCUUUUCGGUGAUCCAUCACAUAAUUCAAAAGAAUGAUAUUGAAUGAUUUUUUUACGAAUGUUUGGUUUAGCCAAAAAAUUUAUACUGAAUCUCUGGAUAUACUUUAUACUUUAUUUAAAGUUUUUUCAAACUUUAUUCAAUUUCAAAAAUUUUUAAAUCAUAGAUGCAAAGCUUUUAAAACUAUCCCACACUCAAUCGAACCUUCUGUCUAUUGUAUGCUCCGAAAACAGAAUAUAACAUGUAUUUUUAAUUGAUUAGUCAAAAACACAGUAUUUCAAGAACACAAGCUUUUUCACGACCAACGUUAGACAGGCUCUUUGUCUUUUAUGUUAUUCCUGGUAAAUUGUUUAGCGCCAACUCCUGUACUUAGAGCACAUGAAUAUGUGCAUACAUAUAUAGAUACAUAUAUCUAUAUCAUAUAAAAAACGAAGAACCUUGAUUAGACCGUAGCUUUGAAUUAUUCCACGUUCUAGGCUCUAGGCGUCAUUGGCUUGUCGUGUUUGAUAGAAAUUGUAAAAAGUGGAUAUAAUACUAAAAUAUAUGAAAUUUUUUGUGAAUGUUUUUUUUUUAACGUAUCUAAUACUACAUAGAAUAUAGGGCAUUUGUUUUUUUUUUUUUUUUUGCUGUCGAUAUCUGAUGUCAAUUUUCAUAAAACUAAAUAAAACAAAACAAAAA